AUGCUGACCGAGCGAUACAUACAGGCUGAACAGAACGAAGAGCGGGACAGGGAGCCUGCCCCUUUGCUAACCGAGUCCCCAAGGACAGACCUUCGAGCGGCGCAUUCUUUCGAAAGCAAUCGACCCACAUCUGCCCACAAUGUCUCAACCCCCACCUCCAAAUGGACUGAUCUUCGACCUCAUAAUUUUCUGGCCGUGCCAAAUUCUCGUUCUAGGGGAAAUUCCGUUGACUCGGAAGAGCCAGGCCAUUCCCCUACAACAUAUAGUGGUGAGACCUCGGUGCCUUCCCUAGCCUCGACGGCUGAGGGCAGAGCGAGCACUGAAGUUAGUAACGAUAAUAUAAUCAAUAGCGAAGAGGCAUUGAAAGCGGAUCGUGGCACAGAAACGGACUUUCAGGUCGAAGACAACAAAUUUGCGUUUUCCCCAGGCCAGUUGAACAAAUUGCUCAACCCGAAAAGUUUCGCCGCUUUUCAUGCGUUGGGGGGAUUGAGGGGCCUUGAGAAAGGACUCCGGACCGACAGACUGGCAGGGUUGUCCUUGGACGAGAAGAAGCUCGACGGGAGCGUGGGCUUCGAUCAGGCUGUAGCAGCUGGCUCUCAGGACAAAGACUCUGAAGACCAAGGAGGUCGGCUUAUAUCAAGAAGGACAACAACCGGAACCUCGAGGAAAUUAUCAGAGGACUCGUUCAUAGACCGCAAACGCAUUUUCAAAGACAACCGUUUGCCGGAAAAAAAAGCCAAGAGCAUAUUUCAGCUUGCUUGGAUGGCAUACAACGACAAAGUACUGAUACUGCUAACCGUUGCCGCUGUUAUAUCUUUGGCUCUGGGUAUAUAUCAAUCGGUGACCCCUCAGCCAAACGGUGAAGCACCUGUGGAGUGGGUCGAGGGCGUUGCCAUCAUGGUAGCGAUUAUAAUAGUUGUUGUCGUCGGCGCUGCAAAUGAUUGGCAAAAGGAGCGACAGUUCAUCAAGCUGAAUAGGAAGAAAGAAGACAGGGAUGUCAAGGUCAUUCGAUCAGGAAAAUCUAGAGAGAUCUCUGUGCACGACAUCCUAGUCGGCGACGUUGUGCAUCUUGAGCCUGGAGACAUGAUACCAGUUGAUGGUAUUUAUAUCUCCGGACAUAACCUCAAGUGUGACGAAUCGUCUGCUACAGGUGAAUCAGAUUUACUCAGAAAGCAGUCGAGUGACGAAGUAUAUGCUGCUAUCGAAUCUCAUCGCAGCCUGGCUAAGAUAGACUGCUUCAUCAUCUCAGGUAGCAAAGUUUCGGAGGGCAUUGGCACGUUUCUUGUCACUGCAGUCGGAGUCAAUUCAAGCUAUGGAAAGACUAUGAUGGACCUACGCCAGCCUUCUCAAACCACACCAUUGCAAUCGAAGCUCAACGUUCUUGCAGAGUACAUCGCCAAAUUGGGCCUCGGUGCUGGUCUUGUCCUUUUCGUGGCAACCUUUAUUAGAUUUCUGGUUCAACUGAACACCAUCCAAGGAGGAGCGAGCGAAAAAGGACAGCGAUUCUUACAAGUUUUCAUAGUUGCUGUUACCAUUGUUGUCGUCGCGGUCCCAGAAGGUCUCCCUCUUGCUGUCACAUUGGCGCUUGCAUUCGCAACUACUAGGAUGCUUAAGGAUAAUAACCUAGUUCGGCUCUUGCGAGCAUGCGAGACGAUGGGCAAUGCGACAGUCAUUUGCUCAGAUAAAACAGGUACCUUGACGCAGAACAGAAUGUCUACAGUUGCCGGCAUAUUGGGUACUACAGCCCGAUUUGGGGACAAAAGAAGCCCAGAAACAUCUGCGUCGAAUUCACCUGAUUCUCCUACCAAAGGCAGAACUGUCUCAGCAGAACAGGAUAGUCAGGAUGUGUCCACUUCGCACUUCGUCUCCAUACUCGCUGAUGAUGUGAAAGAGACGCUAAAGCAAUCUAUAGCGGUAAACUCGACAGCUUUUGAGGGCGAGGAUGAUGGCGGACAAGAGAUUUUUGUAGGAUCGAAAACAGAAACAGCUCUGCUGAGCUUCGCUCGAGAUCAUCUCGCCAUGGGAUCCGUGAGUGAAGAAAGGGCAAACGCCAACGUCGUCCAAUUCGUCCCUUUCGAUUCGGCGAGAAAAUGCAUGGCUGCCGUGGUUAAGAUAGACCAAAAGCGAUAUCGAAUGUUUGUCAAGGGUGCCUCGGAGAUUCUGCUCGGAAGAUGUUCGAAGAUCAUUCAGGAUCCCACCCGUGAGAUGUCAGAAAGAGACAUUACGCCUGGAAGCAUCGAGUUUCUUGAACAGAUUAUCGACAACUAUGCUUCACGGUCACUACGAACUAUCGGGCUCUUAUACAGAGACUUUGAGCAGUGGCCUCCUCGAGGCGUACCAACUCAGGAGGAUGAUCAAACCCUCGCCGUCUUCGAGAAAGUCUUCAAAGAAAUGGUGUUUUUUGGAAUUGUUGGUAUUCAAGACCCACUGCGGGAUGGUGUUGCUGAUGCCGUUCGUGUAUGUCAAAAUGCUGGGGUCAAAGUACGCAUGGUGACAGGAGAUAAUCUUCUCACUGCCAAAGCUAUUGCAGAAGAAUGUGGAAUCUACACGGCUGGAGGUGUAGUAAUGGAAGGUCCCGCCUUCCGAAGACUAAGUUCAAGGGAGAAGGAUGAAGUUAUCCCAAACCUCCAAGUUCUUGCUAGGUCAAGUCCCGGUGACAAGCGGACCUUGGUUCUACAUUUGAAGAAGCUGAGAGAAACUGUUGCUGUGACAGGUGAUGGUACGAAUGACGCCCCUGCGCUCAAGGCUGCCGACGUGGGAUUUUCUAUGGGUAUUGCAGGGACAGAAGUGGCCAAAGAGGCUUCGGCAAUUAUAUUAAUGGACGACAACUUUGCCUCUAUUGUCAAAGCAAUCAUGUGGGGCAGAGCUGUCAACGACUCCGUCAAGAAGUUCCUCCAGUUUCAAGUCACAGUCAACAUCACUGCCGUGGUCUUGACUUUCAUAUCUGCCGUUGCCAGCAGUACUGAGACCUCGGUGUUGACAGCUGUCCAACUGCUAUGGGUAAAUCUCAUCAUGGAUACCUUCGCCGCCCUUGCUUUAGCCACCGAUCCACCCACACCCAACAUCCUGGAUCGAAAACCUGAGCCCAAGUCUGCACCGUUGAUAACAUUGACCAUGUGGAAGAUGAUCAUCGGUCAAUCGGUAUUCCAACUUAUUGUUACAUUAGUGCUGUACUUUGCUGGAGCAUCUUUCCUCUCGUAUCAAACGCAACGUGAGCAGAAUCAAUUGCAGACUUUAAUCUUCAAUACCUUCGUGUGGAUGCAAAUAUUCAACCAGUACAACAACAGACGCAUCGACAACAAGAUGAACAUCUUCGAAGGCAUACAGCGGAAUUACUUCUUCAUUGGCAUCCAGCUCAUCAUUGUUGGGGGACAGAUCAUGAUCGUCUUCAUUGGUGGUGACGCCUUCUCUACACAUCGACUAAAUGGUGCUCAAUGGGGCUACUCCGUGGUCUUAGGAUUCCUUUCUAUACCUGUAGCAGUGAUGAUCCGCAUGAUACCAGACGACCUCAUAAGGAAGCUGAUACCAUCCUGGUUUAUCCGGAAAGCAACACCUAAGUUGCUGGUGUCCGACGAGGAGCGACAGUACGAAUGGCAUUCCGCGUUGGAAGAUAUUCGAGAAGAAUUGACGUUUUUGAAGAAGCUCCGUGGUGGACGUCUCAACGUGCUUAGGUAUAAGCUUCAACAUCCAGUAGAGACUUUCUUGCCACGAUCCAGAAGCGGUUCGUCUCGAUCAAGAUCGCGAACCAACUCGCGACCUCAAACACCUACUGGUGAGCAAGGGGAAGGCGACCCCGGUAGCAAUCAGCUACCUCCCACUCCUGAGUCCCGAAGAUCGGCCCAGCGAAGGUCACCAAGAUCACGGUCAAAUUCUGCAUUUGGCCCAGCUGCUGCGAUGGCAGGCCUCGUUGCUGGUAGUGUGGCCGGAUGGUCACCCAUUGGUCGUCGAAGCGAGGAUGGCAGCUCGAUGAGGUUUUCACCAUCUGAUGGUAGAUCUCAGCUCGACGGUCAUGAGGGCACUGAGGUGCAUCCCGCAGCAAGCUCGCACGAUCUGAUCUCAAGUGAGAAUGAGCGCUCGCAGUCAGGCCACCUACAAGCAGACCAAGCCCCUGAAAACAGCCAUGCCCCUGGGCCAUCCUCGUUAGCUCCGCCGCAGCGUGCAUACUGA